AUGCAGGCUUUUCAGCGGCGCCCUGCAGGGGCGACCGCAGGAAAAUGUGUGGCUCGGCGAAUAGUGAAGCCAACCGUCUGCGCGGCUGCGCCUGGGAAAUUUACAAACGGAGCAACUGAAGCCUACAACCGUAUGAAAGGUGUGAAGGUGUACCGGUCCAGCGACGGUCAACUUGCGGACAUCACUACGCUAUGGGGCCCCAACGAGCGAGCUGUGGUCGCGUUCGCUCGCAGCUUUGGCUGACCUUUUUGCUGGGAGCUGGCGAUCCAGCUCCGACGUGAUGUGAAGCCACGGCUUGAUAGUAUGGGCAUCAAGCUGUUCCUGGUUUCCAUCGGAACGCAUGCCCGGUCGAAGGACUUCGUUGCGGUCACCGACUUCCCCGCUGACUGCUUGUUUGCUGACCCGGACAACGCGCUGUACGACGCCCUCGGCCUGGUUAAGGGCGUGGGCGCCACCUUCUUCUCAGUGGACACGCCGUUUGCUAUCAAGCGCCGCAUGGACAUGGGUCGAACCGGAGACCUGCAGGACGUGUUGAAGCGCUGGCAGCCGUGGAUACCGCCCAAGAGCGACCAGGCCUUCCAGCAGGGCGGUCUGUUCAUGUUCGAGGGCAACCGUACCGUUCUGACCCACUACGACAAGGCCACCGGAGAUCAUGCGGACUUGAAUCAGCUGCUGGGCAUAGCAGCCAAGUUGGCGACGACGCCGGAGAACUGCGACACAAGCUGCGAGUUGCCGUUGCCAGCGCCACCGUCGUCGUGA